AUGGCUAUUUUAACCACAGUUUUUCUCGUCUUUCUUUUCAUAAUUGGCCUCGUUUCGACUCUUUUAAGAAUACCCACAAAGAAAAUCGCAUCUUUAGUUCAACUUCAAUCGCCCUCCACUCAAGAUUCAGUCAAGAAUCAAAACAUCGAACAACAGAAAACCAAGAACAUCAAGAUGGUGAUGGAGAAAAAGGUGAGUUUUGGUCCUGAUUCGAGGGAAAGAAAAGCAGAAUUGAAGAGCGUUUUCGCGACUUUCGACAAGAACAAAGAUGGGUUCAUCACAAAACAAGAGUUGAGUGAUUCACUCAAGAACAUCGGGAUCUCAACAAAUGAAAAGGACGUGUUGGAAAUGGUUCAAAGGGUUGAUGUUAAUGGCGAUGGAUUGAUCGAUUUCGAUGAGUUCUGUGAGCUUUUCGAGUCCAUGAUGAGUCGUGAAGACGAAGAAGGGGAUAAAGUUAAUGAUGGUGAUCAUGAAGAUGGUGAUUUGAGAGAAGCUUUUGAUGUGUUUGAUGGGGAUAAAAAUGGGCUCAUAAGUGUUGAGGAAUUGGGAUUGGUUUUGGAUUCGCUGGGAUUUAAAGAAGGGAAGAAAUUGGAAGAUUGCAAGAAAAUGAUAAGCAAAGUUGAUAUUGAUGGAGAUGGUAUGAUCAAUUUUCAUGAGUUCAAGAACAUGAUGAAGAAUGGUGUUAGUCUUAUUUCGAUUUCUUGA